AUGGGCGUGUUGGAACUAGUUGGUGACUACUGGGAACAACUAAAGGUAACCGUUGUGCCUGUCGUGGCCGCGGCCGAAGAUGACGAUAAGGAGCAGCAUGAACAAGAGAACGAAGAAGGAGGAGAAGAGAACGAAGAAGGAAAGGAAGAGGGAGAUGGAGAUGAAGAUGAGGACGAAGAUGAAGAUGAAGACGAUGAUGAAGAUGAAGAAGAAGAAGAAGUCACUGACCAAUUGGAAGAUUUGAGAGAACAUUUUAAGAACACGGAGGAGGGUAAGGCGCUGGUACACCACUACGAGGAGUGUGCUGAAAGAGUUAAGAUACAGCAACAGCAACCCGGCUACGCUGAUCUUGAACACAAGGAGGACUGUGUGGAGGAAUUCUUCCAUCUACAGCACUAUUUGGACACUGCUACGGCACCUAGAUUAUUUGACAAAUUAAAGUAG